AUGUUACCUGCUUUUGAUGAUGAGGAGGAUGAGCAGCCAGAGAGGCAAGGGGGAGUUAGACAAAUAGACGAGGAGGGAGAGGAGGUCGGACAGGGAGGUGGUGAUGAUGGAGGAGGUGAUGGAGGAGGGGGAGGAGGAGGAUAUGGAGGGGAUAGAGGAGGUUUGGGAAGAGAUAGAGGACAAGGGGGUGAUGGAGGGAGAGAUAGAGCACGAGAUAGAGGACGAGGAGGAGAUGGAGAGAGAGGAGGAGAACUUGUCCUUGGUGUUGGUGGUGUAGGUAGGGUAGGUGCAAUGUUAGCGGCGGUGGGGGGUAUAGAGGAUGAUAGGCGACCCGCCCAGAGGAGGAGAUCAAAUGUUCUACCUCCAGUGACGCCUCAGAUAGGGAAAAGCAUGGGUGGGACCACGACACAGGUACCCAUUCAGAUUAGGGUACCUACCCAUCGAUAG